AUGAGAGUGAAAACCGUGCCGAGGCAGCGAGUAAUUCAAAGCAACGUUGAAUCGGUGUUCGAGGCUCGUGGCGUAAAAACUGAAAGUACAACGCGAUCUUCGAACGAAAAGGAACCAUCGAGAAGCGACAAGGAUCGGUCACAAGGAGCGAGCGUUUUGAAUGGGAAUCAACCGGAAGGUCGAUCGAACAAAGUCGCGAACGAGAAGGAGAAGAAGGAGAACGAGAAGGAGAAAGAAAAGGAGAAGGAGACUUCGAAGUAUUCGGAGAAAGUAUUGGAUAUGUCGAUUAAACUGAAGAUCGAGGCUUCUGCGAAAAGGGACUCGGUCCUCUUCAACUUGAUAGCUGGACCAAGUUGCAGGUCAAAGGAAGAGGCAAAAAAGUCCAUCAGCGACGACGACAAUAACAAUAUACUAAAGACAGAUGCGGAAAAUCCUUCCGCGGCUGGCUCCUCGAAAGCACGCGAAAGCGAGUUGACCGCCUACGCUGGCGACGAGUCGGACAAACCGAUAGAGGCUUUAAAUUUGUGCAAACGGGAUUUCCAAGAGGAGGAGGAAUCGCACAUGAACCCGGGCGCUGACGAGAGGUUAAAGGACACGUUUCUUUACAAAAUCAUGACAGAUCCGACAUUCCUGGAAAGCAUACAAAAGCACAAGCAGACGAAGCGAUACGCGUGCCCGUACUGCAAGCAAGAGUUCAACAACAGCGACGAGCUGGCCGAUCACUCGGACGCGAAGAAGGACGAGUCGAAUCAAGUGGUAUGCUGUGCAUGCAAGAAGACGUUCGCGCAGAAACGAUACCUGAGGUAUCACCAAAGGUGCCAUUCCGAGAGGACCAUGUUCACCUGCGACAUUUGCACGAAGAAGUACACGAGAAUCGAUAAUCUGUCGAGGCACAACGCGUUCCACGUGAAUCCAGACAAAUUCUCGUGCACCUACUGCGAGAAGACGUUCGCCAGGAAGGAUCUGUUGAACAAGCAUCUAAAGUGCCACGACAACAAGUUCCGUUUCUUCUGCGAGAUAUGCCAGAGAUACUUCAAGGGGCCGCUCUCAUUGGACAAUCACAGAAAGAACUUUCACUUGGCGACCAGGUUAAUUUUUACAGGGAACGUAUCGGGAUUUUUCGACGAGAAAGGAAAGGAAAGGAAGAAGAAGGAGAAGAAGAAGAAGAAAAAAAAAGAAAAUAACUCAGCCGGAUAG